AGUGCAGAGCGCCGCUUAGCGGUCUGUGUGUGUGCCAUAUUGUCACUGAGACAGCAAAAAAAACCCCGUACCUCAGAAAACAUUAAAAAGAUAAAUAAAAUAAAUAAACUGCCGAGACGCCAGUGGGGAUAUUUAUCAUCGCUAUCUACAUUCCACCUCUGAGGUGUUUAGGCGAGUCGCGGCCUUGACACGAUCCCCUCUCUCUCUCCGAAGUCACCGUGUCCUUCUGUGCCAAACUGUCGGACAUGUCGGGUCCGGUGCCGAGCCGAGCGCGGGUUUACACAGAAGUGAACACACACCGACCCCGGGAAUACUGGGAUUACGAGUCCCAUGUGGUGGACUGGGGAAAUCAGGACGAUUUCCAGCUGGUGCGGAAGCUCGGGCGUGGAAAAUACAGUGAAGUGUUUGAGGCAGUGAAUAUCACCAACAACGAGAAAGUGGUGGUGAAAAUCCUGAAGCCUGUGAAGAAGAAGAAAAUAAAGCGUGAGAUAAAGAUCCUGGAGAACCUGCGAGGAGGUCCAAACAUCAUCUCUCUCAUAGACAUCGUGAAAGAUCCGGUGUCUCGAACCCCUGCCCUGGUUUUUGAACACGUGAACAACACAGACUUUAAGCAACUCUAUCAGACGCUGACGGACUACGACAUUCGGUUCUACAUGUACGAAAUCCUGAAGGCUCUUGAUUACUGCCACAGUAUGGGAAUAAUGCACCGAGACGUCAAACCGCACAACGUCAUGAUCGACCACGAGCACAGGAAGUUGCGUCUUAUUGAUUGGGGUCUCGCCGAAUUCUAUCACCCGGGGCAGGAGUACAACGUCCGAGUCGCCUCGCGCUACUUCAAAGGACCAGAGCUUCUUGUUGAUUAUCAAAUGUAUGAUUACAGUCUGGACAUGUGGAGUCUGGGCUGCAUGCUGGCCAGCAUGAUCUUCAGGAAGGAGCCUUUCUUCCACGGCCACGACAACUAUGACCAGUUGGUGAGAAUAGCCAAAGUCCUGGGAACUGAAGACCUCUACGAUUACAUCGACAAAUACAACAUCGAGCUGGAGCCUCGCUUCAAUGACAUCCUGGGAAGACAUUCACGUAAACGAUGGGAGCGCUUCGUACACAGUGAGAAUCAGCACCUAGUGAGUCCCGAGGCAUUGGACUUCCUGGAUAAACUUCUGCGAUACGAUCAUCAGGCGCGGCUGACGGCACGGGAGGCCAUGGAGCAUCCCUACUUCUACCCUGUGGUGAAGGAUCAGUCUCGCAUGGUGGGUUCCUCUAACGUUCCUGCUCUCAACACCACCGUGAGCGCCGCCAGUCUGAUCACCGGGAUCGCUGCUCUCCCAGCCUCCACAGCUCUGGGUCCGCUGGCCGGCUCGCCCGUCCUCUCAGCUGCCAACAACCUCAGCGCCGUUGUGCCCGCCGCCGCCGGAGCCACUCAGUGAUGCCGAGGGCUGGAUGACCUCUGACCUCUUGGUUCAGCCUGCAGGGGAUGUCGGGGAAGGAGCAUCCUUCUGUCUAUCCCUCCCCCUGCUCUUCCUGACUCCGCCCCCUUUCCCCCCUCUCCUAACCUCAAGUUAAACAAACUCUCUACUUGUUUAACUGUUUACCUGAAACAUACGGACUAUUGAGUGUGUGUGUGAGAGAUACUGAGUGAUGUUAAGCACAUUUUUUCCACAUGUUAGAAAGGAAAGGUGUGUGUGAUGCUGAUUUAUGAUGAUUUAUGAUUAGCUCCACACUAUGAUCUCAAACUCUGCUAAUCACAAAUCAGCUUCUUGGCUUUUUUUCACCGACACGGAGCCUGUGAUUUGUUUGUUUGUUUUUAAAUAUAUAGAUAUAAUCACAGUUCCACUGGUUUGAUGGUGUGCAGAAUCAGAAAUUGAGAAAUUGCUCCUUGGUUUGCAUCAGCAGUGUAGAAGCGUAAACUCGCAACAAGAUCACAGCUAAAUCAUCCGUUUCUUCACGCAUCGUUUCUUUUCUCCACAAUAAAUAACGAUUAUGCAAAAAAAAAAAA